UUGUGGUUCUUAGUGCGCAGGCGCAAAAGCAAGCUCUCUUCCGGACAAAAUGGCGAUGGGACUGAUGUGUGGACGCCGGGAGGUUCUGCGCCUGCUACAGUCCGGGCGUCGGGUCCACAGCGUCACAGGGCCCUCACCAUGGCUCGGGAAACCGCUGACCGCACGGCUCCUAUUCCCAGCAGCCCAGUGCUGCUGUCGCCCACACUACCUCUUCCUUGCGGCUUCCGGCCCCCGCAGCCUCAGUACCUCUGCCAUCUCGUUUGCAGAAGUCCAGGUUCAGGCCCCUCCUGUUGUUCCUGCAACUCCCUCACCCGCAGCGGUACCUGAGGUGGCUUCUGGAGAGACUGCAGAUGUAGUCCAAGCUGCUGCAGAGCAGAGCUUCGCUGAACUGGGGCUGGGGUCAUACACCCCAGUGGGACUGAUCCAGAAUUUACUGGAAUUUAUGCAUGUUGACCUGGGCCUACCUUGGUGGGGGGCCAUUGCUGCAUGUACAGUCUUUGCCCGCUGCCUCAUUUUUCCUCUCAUCGUGAUGGGCCAGCGAGAGGCAGCCAAGAUCCACAAUCACUUGCCAGAGAUCCAGAAGUUUUCCAGUCGAGUCAGAGAGGCCAAGUUGGCGGGAGACGAUAUUGAGUUUUACAAGGCUUCCUCGGAGAUGGCAUUUUACCAGAAAAAACAUGGUAUUAAACUCUUUAAACCUCUCAUUCUUCCUCUGACUCAGGCCCCAAUCUUCAUCUCCUUCUUCAUUGCUUUGAGAGAGAUGGCCAACCUUCCUGUGGUCAGCCUGCAGACAGGUGGCCUCUGGUGGUUCCAGGAUCUCACGGUAUCCGAUCCCACCUACAUGUUACCACUGGUAGUCACUGCCACAAUGUGGGCUGUCCUUGAGCUAGGUGCUGAGACAGGUGUGCAAAGUUCUGACCUUCAGUGGAUGAGAAAUGUGAUCAGAGUGAUGCCCCUGAUAGCCUUGCCCGUAACCAUGCAUUUCCCCACGGCAGUGUUUAUGUACUGGCUCUCCUCCAAUUUGUUUUCCCUGGGCCAAGUAUCCUGUCUCCGGAUUCCAGCAGUACGCACUGUACUUAAAAUCCCCCAGCGUGUUGUACAUGACCCUGACAAACUACCUCCACGGGAAGGCUUCCUAGAGAGCUUCAAAAAAGGCUGGAAAAAUGCUGAAAUGGCGCGUCAGCUGCGAGAGCGUGAACAACGCAUGCAGAAUCACUUGGAGCUAGCAGCCAGGGGUCCCUUACGACAGACCUUUACCCACAACCCUCUCCUACAACCUGGAAAUAAUAACCCUCCCAAUAUCCCUAGCAGCAGCAGCAGCAGCAGCAAACCAAAGUCAAAGUAUCCCUGGCGCGACACGCUUGGCUGACUUACGUUCCGUGCACAUUCUGGCAGGAACUCUCUCUUCAAAGACUCAUCCUCAAAACAAGACUUGACACUGUGUCCUUGCCCCAAUCCUAGGAACUGUGGCACACAGAGAUGUUCAUUUUAAAAACGAUUUCAUGAAACACUCUUAUACUCAUGUUUAUAAGAGAGCACUGGGUAGCCAAGUGAUCUUUCCAUUCACAGAGUUAGUAAACCUCUGUACUACAUGCUG